AUACGAAGAUUGACAUCAAAUAAUUACUAUAGCCCCACGGACAGUUGUGAAAUCUUCACAACUGUUUGUUUUUGUAAAUGUAAACAUUAGUUUAAUAUAAAAUGGAUGUUUUGCCAGGUAUUGACUAGAACUUUUGGUUGAAAAUUGCACGAUAAAUGUGUAGAUCCAUUUGAUAUCUAGUUCUAGAGUUGCUAUCAGAUUUCAAGAGAUAUGGAGGGACUAAAUGCAACCAUCAAAAAGGGUCCAGGCCUAUAUGAGUUUCUCGUAGAAGCAGAACUUCAACAUUACCUUAAUAGUUUUAAAAAUACUUUGAAGAUCACUCACCCCUCUCAAAUGAAGUUUACUACAGAGGGAGAUCUUAUGGAUAUAGGUAUGUCCAAACCUGAAAUGCGACGCUUGAGAAAAUAUUAUGACAAACAUUUUCCUCACAAUUACUUAUCGAAAUUUAAAAAGUUGCUUACUCAUCGCAAACAAGAAAAUACAUCUAGCGAUGCUUGUUUGUUGAUGAACUCAGAAUCAGUGUGCUUGUCUAAAAGUCCCAAGGUAUCCAGCAAACAUAUCAUACCAGCUGCAAGUAUAACAAUUAAUAAAGAACUUGGAAUGGGGGAAUUUGGAGUUGUCCAGCAGGGAGUGUGGUGUAAUGAAGGAGAACGCAUUCAAGUUGCAAUAAAGUGUUUAUCAAGGGAUCGCAUGCAGAGUAAUAUGGUGGAAUUUCUGAAAGAAGCAUCCAUUAUGCAUAACAUUGAUCACCCAAAUAUUGUCAGAUUUUUUGGUGUCGUGCUUCCCAAUAUUGAAGGAAGCCUUAUGUUAGUAACUGAGUUGGCUCCUUUAAGGUCUUUAUUGGAAUGCCUAAAGGAGCCUUCACUUAGAAGCAGUUUCCCAGUGUUAACUUUGUGUGAUUUUGCUUAUCAAAUCUGUGAUGGAAUGCAAUACUUGGAAGCCAGUCGCCUUAUCCACAGAGAUCUGGCGGCUCGAAAUAUACUUGUGUUCUCAAAAAACAAAGUGAAAAUCUCCGAUUUCGGUUUGAGUCGCGCUCUAGGUCAGGGGAAAGAUUAUUACCAAACAAAUUUCAACGUGAAUCUAAAACUGCCAAUCGCGUGGUGCGCCCCCGAAUGCAUCAGCUAUCUGCGGUUUACUACAGCUAGCGACGUGUGGGCCUUCGGCGUUACCUUAUGGGAAAUGUUUUCGUACGGCUUCCAGCCGUGGGCCGCAUUAACGGGCCAACAAAUUUUGGAAGCGAUCGACGAGCCAAAUUUUCAGAGGCUGGAACAGCCUGACUGCUGCCCCCUCGACCAUUAUAAUUUAAUGAUGGAUUGUUGGAGACACGAGCCGCCUACUCGACCCAGGUUUGCGGAUAUCGGACCCGUGUUGGCGGAGUGCCGGCCCGAACAAGUCCAAGCGAAAGUUUCCUCUAAUGAGGGACCCCACAUGUUGUCCUUUAGGGUUGGGGAUGUAAUCACUGUUUUGGAUAAAAAGACGCAUACUCCUUUAUGGAAAGGCGCAACGGCCAGCGGAAAAACUGGCGUUUUCGAUCCCGCGAAUGUUGUGGCGUACCUCGGUAGCGAUUUACCUAGCUCGUCGUUUCUGAGGUCCGGUAUGGAUGCGACCAGGUCGUCGGCACGGAGAAAACUGAGAAGUGAGAUGAUCAGCGCCCCCCAAGGCGAUUUCAAGCAUACUGGACACGUGGGCCUGGAUGGGGCGUACUUUGGCGAUCUUAGUUUCUUAGGCGGAUCUAAAGGAAACUACGGAAGCGUUCCUACCCAAGUUGUCGCUCCAUACCGGCCCCAUAAAGACCUAGAAGCGGCUCCCCUUUUGGACAGCGAUCAUGUGCCUGCUCCCGCCCCUUUACAGGAUCAUGAGUAUCAUGAGAUAAGCGAUGAGGAGGAGACUAAUAAUAGUCCUCAUUUGGAUCUCGGUCCUUCGCUUAUGGCCGAAAUGGAGAUGAUGUUCAGCAAUUUAGGAACGCAGAACCACUCCAUGGAUCACGAGGGUUCGAAUCGGAGUAACGAGUUGAGGGAAAAAUUGAACUGCAAGGGAAAGAAACAAGCAACGGUGAAGCCGAUAUCCGCGCACGAUAAGAAGACGCUUGAUACGGCGAUAGCUCUGGCCACUGAGAUCACAACAAGGUCCCUGUCAGCAACUGCCCCCCCAACCCCGGCCUCUCCUGGUAAGAAAAAGUUCCACUUCAAAUUUCCAUCAGUCCACGAGAGUGAUAAACAUUCAGAAAGACGAAAUUUCUCUGAAGAAGCCCUUUCCACUUCGAAUUUGCAAAAAUUUAUGAGUUCGGCUUCGUCCCUCGACGACACGAUCACGAAUCUGCGUCUGCCGUUGUGGGACAAAGCGUCCGCCGAAUUUUGCUUCGCCAAAUCGCGAGAACUGCUCACCCGCCCAUUUCCGUCCGUGCAUCGCGUACCCCCGAACAGUUCGUGUCGCGAUCUCCUUCUGUUCGACGACGACGACGACGUCGCUUACCGACCGCAAUCCCUCGCGGAACGUAGCUUCCGAAAUUUGUCGUACGACGAAGACUAUUACCAUCCUCUUCCCUACAAAAAUAUCGCGAUACCGAAAUCCGAAGGAGUGACCAGAAAAACCUACGCGUCCGAAUGCAGGUUUCAUCGGAACGCCACCAGCCAGAGCUUUAGGUCGACGUACAGACCGUUCCCGGGCAAUCAAACACGAUACGUCGAACAUUCGUACGUUUACUAUAAGAGCGACGCAGUGGACGACGCGCAAAACUAUUUCCCGCGCCCGCGCAAUCUCAGUUACAGCGACGUGCACGACGCUCUGCCCAGGCGGCACAGCCGAAGCGUGCGCGAACGCAAUCGCCGACGUCAAUCGUAUAAUCCGAAAGCGUACGAGUCGAGCUCGAGUUCGAGUGACUGCGUCAGUGUCGGUUCUGUCGAUUUGGAGUGGCGUCGCAAACGGACGCCGAGGUUGUCCGGUUCGAACGCGAGCAUUCGUUCGGAGAUGGUUAAACGGUCGACUAAUCCGUUUCUAAAACCGCAGUUUAGUUUGAAACUGACGGGUCGAUCCCCGCCUCCGAGCAGCAGCGUUUUGAGCGGCUUAAGUCCCACGUCGGCGUCGCGCAAGAAACUGUCAAAUAGCAGCUCGACCGAUUCGAGUUUAUAAAGUGUUUGUUUCUUAUCUGUUUGGAUUUACGCUUGUUCCGGGAUUUCGCCAGGACUAGUUUAGGGCGAGCUAAGUUUUGCGUUUCUCGGAACAUUGAAGGCUUUCAUAGUUAAAAAACGUCAUGAUUUCCUUUAGAACUCCCAAGAAAAGAUACUUCGUUCGUGGUAUUGUGCUGGUCGUCUAAGGUAAAGUUUGUUCAUGGAUAUAAGAAAGUGACUAACUGAUAUGAAUUAAGGAAAGACCCGGGCACGCUGUAAUAAUGAAAUAUGGCCGAACAGGUCCGUACUUUGCUUAGAAUUUAAUUAUUUGGAGUUUUGUUAGGAAAGAUACUAAAUAAUAUUUAUUUAUUUAUGUAUGUAUUUAUGUUUAAAUCUAAAAUAAAAUUACAAAUUAUUUUUAUUACCUACUUAAAUUACUUAAAAUUAUUCACAUAAUAUAUCAGUAUUACUAUCGUUAUCAUCGCCUUUUCUAAUUAUUAUUUGUUCUAUAUUAUUUGCAAUAUGGAUAUACGAUUGUUCUGCUUUUUCUAUAUGUUUAACAGAAUUUGUCCAACUUUGUGGAGGGAUGUUAAAAACUUCUAUUUACUUUUUACUUUCUAUAAGUUUGAGGACAUGUUUGGAACUAGUUUGUUUUUAAACCAACUUGCUUGCUUGCUGGCACCACGUUCAAUGAGAGUCAAAUAAACUUUGUUUAUAACUUCCUUAGUCCCAAUAGAAUAGUGUUUUCCGCAUUUUUGCGGGAGCGUCUCCUGAGAUACACUAGACUCGCACAUAUUUUGCAUAAUUCGCACACGAUUCAACACUGUAUUACACACGAAAUAAGAAUGAUUACUAAUAAACUUAAAAUAAGUAGUAUACCAAACCAAAGAAUGUUAAACAGAGAUAGGUAUAAAAUUAUUUUCUAUUACGGACCACAAUUUUACCGGGAUUUAAAUUCCGAAACUUGAGGUAAUAAUCUUGUUGCAUUGUAUGUUAAUGACCAUCCUUGGAUAAUCCUAUUCAAAAGCAAUUGGCCACUUUCUUAUAUCUAUGAAUACACCAUACUCAAACAAAGCAGCGGCCUUUUCGUCUAAGUUUAAAAGCAAAUCUGCGUUAGACGCAACGACAUUAUAUCUAAAAUAUACCCCUAAUGUUUACGGAGCCAAGGUAUAAUCAUUGCACUGAGGUGGCUUUUACUUGAUGAAAGUGUUCACAUUUUCACAGUUAUUUAAUGAUUUAUGACGGCUGUUUCGGCAACACCCUGCUUCUGCGGGAGGGGAGACGGCUCCGCCUUUUCUAUCUCGUAUAAUCCUGGUCCUAAGAUCAGAAAUAUUAGCAAUUUGUUUACAAGUGCCAAAAACAAUCUUAUGGCCUGUCUGGUGUUGGUGCACUAGUAAUAGAUUUUUAAUUAAUAGUGUAGGGAUAUAAAUUUAAUUUUUAUAUUUGAUCUCCAUAAUAAUUUUUUUUUUGCUUUUUGAUUGAUUACAUAAAAUAUCAAAAGUAUCAUCAAACUUGUGCAUUUCUGAAUUUAGAUGAAUGACGUAGUUAGUUAGAGUCCGAACUUUUGCCAUGAUCCACAUUUCAACUUGUAGACCCGGAUUUUUCAGUUUUUCAAUUUAGUUUUAUUGGUUUUUAAAAAAUUCCCGAUGGCGUAUACAGUUUUAAAAUCAAUCUUCAAUCAAUCAGCCUAAACAGCUGUCAUAAAUAAUUAAAUAACUGCGUAAAUCUGAACAUUUUUUGUUCUAAUUUAAAGGUAUAAUAGAUCACAUCCUAAAUAUGGCGUUUUAUAAAUUUAUUACUUGGUAUACUCAGAAAUACAUAAGUUUUUACUUUCAUUAGUGCAUUAAAAUUGCUUUCUUAGUACACAAAUUAUCAACCUUUAUUUAGUAUUGUGUUUAUGAUUCGUUAUAGUUAUUUUUACCAUAAUCGUCAAGUCGGCGUAUAGAAUUACUGAAAAGAAACUGAACUGUGCUUGAGAACUAUUUACUGACUCAUUAACGAUGAUAGUUUGUUUGUCAUGGAACUUGAAAAAGGAGUAAGGAUGAAACCAUAAUGAUGUAUCAACUUAACAGGGAUUUAUUUAUUUUAUCAUUCCACAAACCCAUUGAGAAGAAUAACAUCACAAAAUACUAUAGAAUUUCACUACAAUUAAUAUUUUACUUAUAUGACUUUAUUUGUGAGCUAAUUUACUGAAUAUUAUUAUUAUACCAAUACGAAGCAAAAUAUUGCUUUAAAUCACUUUACUGGUUAGUAAUUCGCAUCAUAGCAGGCAGCAUUAGCAUUAUAGUAGUGUCCAGGAAAUCCAACGAGGUCUUUUGAACUAAAUGUAUAAAAUGACAUUGGACAAAACUGUAAAGCGGAACAAGCGUAAAUCCCAUUUUUAACGCUAUAAUCUAACCAAAUAUAUACCGUGAUAUAUAUUUAUAUACACAUUUCUACACGUAUUUCUCGAAUGCCUACCGAACGUUUGUAUUCCUUCCUUUUACAAAUAAAACUAGCGCUAUUGUUUUGUUACUUUCAUUUCGACCAAAUAAUUCCUGUUUUUUUCUGUCUUUUUUAAAUCCGUUUUUGUUUUCCCGUUUUCUUUAGUUUUUAAGUUUACU